ACUUCGAAUUGAAGUAUGCGCUGUAGCUGUAGCUUCUUGUUGUCUGUAUUUGACCAUUUACGCUUCCAUAACAAGUUGAAAGUUAUUGUAAAAUUUAAUAUCCUUCAGUAACAAGUUGAAUUAAGUAGUAAUUGCAACCAUGUUAACUGAGGCACAUGUUUACGAUUUCAUUUCUGCUGAGAACAAAAUCAUCACGAUAUCUUUUUCGAGCUGCUCGAUUGCUAAUCUCCGUAAAUGCUUUGGGACGAGAGAAAAUCUCUCCAUUAUUAUGCAAGGAGUGAUAUCACCUUUCUAUCGGAUAAAUGAGAAAGUGUAGUUUGCACACAAAUGACAUAAGUUCUGAGUUGUUAACAACACGUAAUUGGUCAUCACAGUUACUUUCUGAAAUUUCAUGCCGAGUUCCCAAACAUGUCAAUAUCAGACACAAAAUGCAAUUACAACUUGACUAAUAAGUUGGUAUAAAUUCAUCAACUAUGAUAAACUGCUUAUCUCAAACAAAUUGCAAAAUCCACCAUGAAUUAGAGAAUAUCCACAGAAAUCUUCAAAAGUGGAGUACUUCUUUUCACUUCACAAAUAAUGAACGUCAGUAUCAGGUUUUUGGUAUAUACACAUAUAUGAUCAUCACUUAUAUCUUUAGCUUCUGACAAUCCAUCUAUUACAACGAUUUAUGUUAGGAAGGUGGAUAUUAGCCAUUAUUCAAAAAAUUCAAGAAUGCUUCUCUAGGAGAAAGGUCUCUCCUUAUUCCACCUCUAUGCAACAGACCAUUCGACUGGAUCUGAGCAUCAUAAGCAAGGAUGAAAAACACAAAACCCUCUACAAUAAACAAGCGACAUAAAACACGGUAACUGUAAAUUAUGAUUCACCAGUUACUCAGGAUCAUAGGACUUUCACGAAUAUCAAUAAGGAAUUUGGAUUUCUAGAGAUGUUUUUAAUUUGAUGAUAAUCGUACCACAACACGAAUUCACAUAGUAGUGACCACUAAUGAGAAAUACGAAUGUGUUAAUUUUCACUCCAUUGAUGUCAGUAUAUCAAUGUGAAACCAUGCAAGCUUGUUUCAGAGUGAAUGGUUUCCAAUUUAGUGAGUUCAGAUGAAUUGCAAUGAAGCAGUGAAAAGUUCCAUUUCUACGAAUUCAUCAACAAUCUGUAAAGUCGACUAGGUUUGAUUUCUGUUGAUACUGUUAAUUGUGACUUAGCUGCUGAGAUUCCUAAAAGAGGCAUCUCUUAAUCCCUUGAAAGCAGACUCAGUGAAGCAUCAGUUAGAUUAUUUUACUUACAAGGAGAUUAUUCUGCCUGUCUAUAUCUCAUGGUCCUUAUGAGUCUAUGGUUAGGUAUGAUAAUCCUCAUUCGUACUUUAACCAUACUUAUUUUUCGUUUUCUUUAUUCCAUUUGCAUACCCUUCCUUUGUUGUAUUGAAUAUUAUUACCAUUAUAUUACUUAUCAUCUUUUUGCAAUGUUGCCUUAUCAUAAUUAGCACCCAAAUGUGUAAAUUUUGAAUCGCUUACUAGUCUCCUUAUUUCUAAAUCACUCUAAGAUUUAUGCAUCUCUUGAAAUAUUUUUGUCACGAUUCACAUCCUGUUUUAAAAUUUAUAAUCCUAUAAUUAUUUAGCGACCAAAUUUAUUCGGUUAUGUUUCAGACGCAAGAAAUUGGGCUCUUCAUUUUACUGUAUAGCCAGUGAAGAUUCUUUGAGAUACGCGGUAUCACUGAAUUAUUCAAUUAUAGUAGAAAGACGAUUAUUUUUCAAUAUAUUUUGCCUGUACUGUCAAAGAGUAAGAACAUCAAACACUAAUUUACCUCAGCAACGCUUUGAGGCAGCGAUACGGGCAGUGCGCGUUUCCGCAUACAAAACAAGUACUGCAAGUAAGUGAAAUUUGAACGGGACAUAUAAGCGAACAAUAUUAUUUUCAAUUUAAUCUUCUUCAGUCUGUGCUCUAAUUUAUACAUAGAUUUAUAUAUAAGAAUUUUUAACCAAUGACGGUGAUUUUUUGGAUCAAAUAAUAAUAACAAUAAUAAUGUGGUGUGUGUUUUGAACGAAAUUUAUAACAAUGAUUAUAAUGAUAACAAAGUAUUGAUAAUAAGGUUUAUGUAGGGGAUAAGAAUGACAAAGGUAGUAUAUCUGUGUAUAUGUAGACAAUUCAAUAAAUACAUAAAAGAAAGGGUUCUGAUUCCGUUCGAAAGACUCGAUGGAAUGCGAUAGAUAACUUUGAAGGCACUACUUUUGCCCACUUGGUGACCACUGUCAAUCAAAUGAGCCAAAACAGAACUCCGUAUGGAUUUUAUUGGACCGUUUCCGAACCAUGAAGGAAGAUGCUCAUUAAUGCGUUUGUUAAGCUGUCUAGUUGUUCGCCCUAUAUAGCUGUCUUCAAAGGAGCAACUAAAUUUAUAGAUACACAUCGAGGUGGCACAGCUGGGUAGCCUGUCUUUCACUGGAGCAUUCAUUAGUGGUUGGCUGGAAAAUGAGAAUUAAAAGGUGGCAGCUCUCCAUAAUCUCAGAUGUAAGACUUCGCUAGCAACGUACCCGUUAAAUUGGAAUUUCAUUAGGACUCUCGCCAACCAUGCACAUGGUCCGGGGUUCGAGCUCACACCGACGCACACCUGAUAUCUAUGGCCGGCCUGCUAAAUUUGGGCUACCGAUAUCCAUGCUGAAAAUUCCAUACUUGUACCAAAAAUACAGUGUGGAAUCAAGCUGUUAAUC